AUGAUGACCAAGCUGGGACCCCUUCUCCUGGUGUUGCUGCUGGCUGGACCUGAAUCAUCCUGCGGUGACAAUCCCCGAUAUGAGAAGUUCCUGAGACAGCACUACGACAAUCCCAAGAGCAGUUUUAGUGGCAAAUACUGUGAUAGCAUCAUGGCCAAGCGUGGCCUCACCAAGCCUGAGUGCAAAGAAGUGAACACCUUCAUCCACGAAACCAAAAAUAAUAUCAAAGCUGUGUGUGAAGAGGGCGGGGAGCCCUAUGGGAACCUGCGGCGGAGUAAGGAGCACAUGAAGGUCACCACGUGCAAGCUCAAGGGUGGCUCGACCCGCCCACCAUGCAAGUACAAAGAAAACUCCUCACCCAGAUACAUCGUCAUUGGCUGUGAAAAUGGUUGGCCCGUCCACUACGAUGAAAGCCAGAUUGUGACAACUGUAGACAAUGCUGACUUAGAUUAA